UUUCGCUCGAUCUUUAAGGCACAGGACCUCAUUUUCCUCGGCCGUUUCAUUCUCUCUUCUUUGGUGUGGUUUCCACGAUGGAACGAUCGACGUUUCGGUAGAAAGACUGUCACUACGAUGAGCAGCAAUGUCUCUUCAGCCCCCCAAACUGCAGCCGCGGAGGCUUCAGUGCCCCCCAGCAUAGCUUAUGUGCAGUAUUCGCUGGACAAAGAGCCAGAAUACCUCCCGCAGAUCCGCGAGCUUAUUUCCAAAGACCUCUCUGAACCCUACAGUAUCUAUGUGUAUAGAUACUUUCUCUACCAAUGGCCUGAACUAUGUUUCAUGGCCGUCGACACGAACGACGACAACAAACUGUCCGGAGUUGUGAUCUGCAAGCUGGAACCACACCGGGGAGGGCCGUUACGAGGAUACAUCGCCAUGCUUGCAACGAAGGAGACCUUCCGCGGACAGGGUAUUGCCACGACGUUGGUCAGCAGGGCCAUCGAUCUGAUGAUUGAGAAAGAUGCCGACGAGAUUGCCCUGGAAACCGAAGAGACGAAUACUGCAGCUAUGAAGCUUUACGAACGGUUGGGCUUCCUCAGAAGCAAGAAGCUACAUCGAUAUUACUUGAAUGGCAACAGUGCCUACAGACUGCUUCUUUAUUUGAAGGAGGGGGUCGGGAGCAUUCCAGUCGACAUGGGGCCUGAUGGCUACGACUUGCCCAGUCCAAUCCAAGACGAGUUCCGAAGUCGGAAUCGGGACCCGCAGGAUGUUUUCAGUCAAGGAAUUGUCUGAAACGAGACACCGCCGUCGAGUUGGAAGUAAUUUCGAAUAAUUGACGGUGUGUUGAAUCCGGGGGGCCGCAAAAGAUUGGCCCUUGGUUGAGCAAGAGGUUGAAAAGGGUCAUGCGGCUACAGCAUUACAUUAGAGAUUCCCACUGUACAGAACAGAUUUGGCUGGAAUGGUCAAACAAGCGAUCAAAGGCACCCUCCAAUCCAUUCUUCC